AUGGUGGUGCAGUUCCGCACCGAGCAGCUGGAUCUCAACGCGUUCAAGGUCGCCAGGGUUGACGGGAGAACUGCCGUCACCAAGUCUCUCGGUCAGGUCUUUUCCAAGGGCUGUCUUGCCGACAGCAGCAGCGACGCCGUCUCUACGAAGGUCCGACCUCACCUGGAAGAGGCGGUCGCGGCCUACCGUCCCUUGCUACCGAGUCUGCUUGACAAGGUGGACGAUCUGAGCAAGCUUCCGCUUUGGGUUACGCACUACGACCUCAAAGAUGUCAACGUUCUCAUCGAUGACUUCUGCAACGUCACAGGAGUGAUUGACUGGGAGUUGACUCGGGCAGCGUUGGAGGAGAACAUAAACCUCGUCCAGGACGCCGUUGUUCUCGGCACGCUCUUAGAUGCGUUCCUCUGGGAGGAGGGUAAAGUGGGCUGUGGGGAGAUCACAUUGAGGGCGCCGCCCAAGUUCCUCACCUACCGGAUCCCGUUUGUGGAGGGGAUGAGCCGCCAUAUAGGCAGUAGGAGUGGCGGAUCGCGGGAGAAGGGUCACCUCCCUACCCAGCUAAUAGGUGGCAUUCCGGCCACGAACCCGGACAUCCCCGUCAGCGCAGUCCUAUUAUUCUUCUUCGUCGCCGCCAUCGCCAUCCACGUCCUCAUUUUCUUCCGAAACAAUCGCCCGCCUCGCAACCAGAAGUUCCCCCUGUCCCUUAUCCUCGGCGUCUUCUGCUUCGUCCGCACCGUCGCGCUGAGCCUGCGCAUCGCUUGGGCGUGCUCCCCAAACAACCGCGGCCUUAUCGUGGCCGCCACCGCCCUCACGUCGGCGGGGGUGCUGAUCCUGUUCGUCGUCAACUUCUUGUUGGUCGGCAGGGUCGUCAGGGCGCUGCACCCUGGUUUCGGCUGGUCGAAAUAUGGCCUCUUGGGGUUCCGGUUGCUCAUGGGGACGCUGGCGGGCACGGUGAUCAUGGUCGUUGUCUGUUCGGUGCAUUCGGCUCUCACCCCGGACGAGGCGGCGAAGCGCAAAGAGAGGACUGUGUUGCUUGUUGCGGGGGUGUAUAUCACUGUGCUGGCUCUGUUGCCGGCGUUGGUGGCUGCCGUGGCGAAGGUGUUGCCGAAUCGGGGGCGGUAUCCUGCUGAAAACUUUGGGACGGGAUCGAUGCGGGCCAAGCUGGCGUUGUUGGUGUUUACGUCAGUCUUGUUGGCGUUUGGGGCGGGGUUCAGGGUCGUGGUCAACUUCAAGGCGAAGCCGGUUGGCCAGGCGGAGUGGUAUCAUACCAGGGCAGUGUUUUACUGCAUCAACUUUGUGAUUGAGCUGAUCGUGGUGUACACGUACGCCAUCUCUCGGUUUGAUCAGCGGUUUUAUGUCCCUCGUGGAGUCUCGGCGCCGGAGGAUCACUCGAGACGCACUAAGGGGUCUCAGGAUGGGGAGGCUUUAUGA